AACAGGGGCGGACUGACCAUUUGGAAACUCGGGCACUGCCCAAGGGCCCGGAGUCAGUAGGGGGCCCCAUGAGAUGCCUCUGGUACCUUUUUCAUAGGCUUUUUUGAGUUUGGGCAAGGACACAGCGGCCCUUUGAUCCCCUUUUGCCCGGGGGCCCCAUGAGUUGUCAGUCCGCCCCUGCUGGCACAGCAGCCAUUCAUUUGAAUAGGCUGCUGUACCUGCUGGAAAUGCUGGAAAAGUUCCCUAAACAUUUUCCGAAACCUCAGCUGCAGGGAAACAUAGUGCUAUGC